ACAGACAGACAGAUAGAGACAGAGAGAGAGAGAGAGAGAGAGACAGACAGCUGAGGAGACCCGCCGGAGGAGCAGACAGACAGACAGACUGCCGGUGCAGGGACAGGGACAGAGACAGAGACAGAGACAGCUCCAGUACACAGCGUUACCAUGGGAGUGGAGAUCGAGACCAUAACCCCUGGAGACGGAAGGACUUUCCCCAAAAAAGGACAGACGUGCGUGGUGCAUUAUGUUGGCUCCCUGACAGACGGACGCAAGUUUGACUCAUCUCGUGAUAGGGACAAGCCCUUCAGGUUCAAAAUCGGCAAGCAGGAAGUGAUCCGAGGCUGGGAGGAGGGUGUAGUGCAGAUGAGUGUGGGUCAGAGGGCCAAGCUGACCUGCUCAGCUGACUUCGCUUAUGGAAACAAAGGCCACCCGGGCAUCAUUCCUCCUAACGCCACCCUCAUCUUUGAUGUUGAGCUGCUGGGUUUGGAAUGAAACAAAUUCAUGGCCUGAUUUUUUUGUGUGUGUGUGUGACUUCCUACCUGGGUGACCUGGAGAGAAGCUAGGAGAGUCUGCACUUGAUUCUAUAAGAGGCUUGAGUCUAUAGUUCCACUACUUAUUUCAUCAAAACUAUGACAGUUUGUGUUAUUUUGUCUCUGUGACUGAGUGAAUUAUAUUUUUCCAUCAUAUUCUUACUCCUAAAAACCAUGGGCCAUAACCUUACAAACCUCCAUGUUCUUAAUCUUGAAACCUUUUGAAUUGCGCUUUACUUUUCUUUGUUUUUACAAGUGUUGGUUGUGCAUGGUUACGCUGAGAAGUACAAAAUACCAAUGAACCACUAGCAGCGACAUUCAUCUCUUAUGAGUCAAUGCAAACUAGUAUUAUAAUGUACAAGAGCUGGUGCUUGUUAUAUCACAGAAACAAAAAAAGUAUAUAAAAAGAAAAUGAAAAGCACAUAUUUGUAUCCCCGUCCAGCUGAAAAUCAUUACAAAUGAUUUUUCUGUUAGAGAGAUAUGAGGCUUAGUGUUGACUUUAGUGGUAGUGAAAUGACAAGUCAUGGGAGGCCUUAAUGGUGCAACACAGGAACUGGGUUUGCUUACAUAAAAUGCCAAUUUCUAUAUAGUAUCACUGUGUUUAAAUUGUUAACGGAUGUGUGAGCUGGAGAGGGGUAAUUGGCGCAAAGGAAAAACCAAUCACAGUUGUAGAUAGUUCUAAUGUGUGCCUAAAUAUUCUCACCAGACACCUGGUUACUACCUUGCCCUGUCUGCAUGUUCUAGGCCCGAUGGAAUCUGUAGUAUGUACAUGUUUAAAGCUUUGCAUCCUAUUUGCGUUAUUAUUGCCUUCUCAUCUCACCAAGUCUUUAAACCCCAUUUAAAGCCAUACACACAGGUCGAACAGUGCAAAGACGGGAGUUGCGUUGACGCACAUCAAUUGGAUUAUUUUUUUUCUUAGAAAAAAAGGGAAAUGCUUGAAAUUUACAAAAGGGGGUUGAGGUAUCAAUCAAAUGGUGACCUCCCCCACUAUUUUGUGUAACAACUUCAAUCAUGUAUUUUUCAGAUGCCAACUUUCUAUCUCUGAGAAUCAACAGAGCUAAUGUAUAACCUAUGAUGACAGAUAAUGUUUUUCUUUUUUUUUUCUUUUUUUAGCCGGUGUCAGUAAAGUACCACACUGCCUGACUGAAGUCUGCGUUGUGGUAGAAAAAGAAGCUGACACACGGGCAUCCUAGUGGUUUUGUAUCUCAAAUAGAUAGUUUUAAAUGGAGUUUAAUGAAGGAAUAUGCUGGCCUGGCUGUCAGAUAUUGACCGUGGCUGUCGAUGUUACGUAUUGGCCAAGCUGCAACUGGUGCGGCAGCAGUCCACCUCUGUACUGUGUAGUUAUUUGCUGAUACGUUAUUGUAUGCAGACUAAACCAAUGAUGACAUAUUUAAAAUAAAAGAAGUGCUCUCCA